ACUACCAAUGUUCUUUGGAGCUCUCCUAGCUGCUCAGGCAGUUACCGGACUUCCAACCCGCGACGACGGACUGCCAGGGCAUGUGCGGCAGAGAAGAGCUACUCCUGAGGCCGAAAGAGUGAUUGAAGGGCUGAACUAUGCUAAACACAUGAUGCUGGCCCCGUGCUACCAACCCGGCAUACUUCCCGAAGUCUCUGGAUCUAAUAUCAAAAAAAUAGACUGCACUUCGGAUGAAAUAGUAACCAGUCAAACGUAUGUGCAACUGAUCGCUGCGCUGGACAAAGUGCUCCGUCUGUACGACCUGCAACAGCAACUGGGGAACGAGUCCAUGGAGACCAGCGCACUGAAAAUUGUCAUUGAUACUGUUGUCAACCAGACCUGUGAAUGGAUAGAGUCUUUGGGCAUUCAGUUCAACAGCAGCAGUGAGACGGUGACAUGCUACAGCUCACACUCCAUCCCGAUGGCUCAGAUCAAGAAACUCCGCGUGCUAGUCUCUACUUACCAGCUGGUGAACAGUGCCCACAGCUCCACCGAGAGUGCCGUCGGUCAUGCUCUCGGCCUGAACAGAGCUGGCUGGAUGAGUCAGUCUGGCAUCGAACAAGGUCUCACCAAGCUCCUCAACAACACUGACUAUAGUGUUCAUCUUUUACCAAUGCCG